CCCUUAAAGCGAAGUUUCUGCCACCGUUGCUCACGUUGGAGGUCCUGCCUACUUGCACUCUGGCUCGCGGAAUCAGAACAGAAAAGAAGCGGAGGCAAAGACUCCACGCGAGUGGACGGAGUGUGAGCGGGGCAGGACAAGCAAGUCAGCGACAGGCCGAGCGUUCGUCGCUCCGUUAGUUCCGACCGCCGCGUCUUAAGUGCGCACGAGUGUUACUGCGCCGCAUUAGCGCAGGAGAGAACGGAGGCUAGUGAGAGGGACUCGCGGUACCAGUAUGGAGCAUCAUCAUCUUUAUGACGGUGGAGAAAACGACUACAUGCAGCAGGAGGACGACUGGGACCGGGAUCUCCUUCUUGAUCCCGCCUGGGAGAAACAACAGCGCAAGACGUUCACAGCAUGGUGUAACUCGCACCUUCGCAAGGCCGGCACGCAGAUCGAGAACAUCGAGGAGGACUUCCGGGACGGACUCAAACUCAUGCUGCUCCUAGAGGUCAUCUCAGGAGAGCGUCUGGCUAAACCAGAAAGAGGGAAGAUGAGGGUGCAUAAAAUAUCGAAUGUGAAUAAAGCUUUAAACUUUAUUGCCAGCAAAGGUGUCAAACUAGUCUCUAUUGGAGCAGAGGAGAUUGUGGAUGGAAAUGCUAAGAUGACUUUGGGAAUGAUCUGGACCAUCAUCCUCCGCUUUGCCAUCCAAGACAUCUCAGUGGAAGAGACCUCGGCUAAAGAGGGUCUUCUGCUGUGGUGUCAGAGGAAGACGGCACCCUACAAGAAUGUCAACAUUCAGAACUUCCACAUCAGCUGGAAGGAUGGUUUGGGAUUCUGCGCCCUCAUUCACAGACAUCGCCCAGAACUCAUUGACUAUGGCAAAUUGCGCAAGGAUGACCCCAUGACCAACUUGAACACAGCUUUUGAUGUGGCGGAGAAAUACCUGGACAUCCCUAAGAUGCUGGAUGCAGAGGACAUUGUUAGCACUCUUCGUCCCGAUGAGAAGGCCAUCAUGACCUAUGUGUCAUGCUACUACCACGCCUUCUCGGGAAAACAGAAGGCGGAGACGGCAGCCAACCGGAUCUGCAAAGUGCUGGCUGUCAAUCAAGAGAAUGAACAGCUGAUGGAGGACUAUGAGAGGCUGGCCAGUGAUCUGCUGGAAUGGAUCAGGAGGACCAUCCCCUGGCUGGAGAACCGUGUGCCCGAGAGCACCAUGCACGCCAUGCAGCAGAAGCUGGAGGACUUCCGCGGCUACCGCCGGCAGCACAAGCCACCCAAGGUGCAGGAGAAGUGCCAACUGGAGAUCAACUUCAACACGCUGCAGACCAAACUGAGGCUCAGCAACAGGCCCGCCUUCAUGCCCUCCGAGGGACGCAUGGUGUCGGACAUCUCUAACGCGUGGGGGGCCUUGGAGGGAGCAGAGAAGGGCUAUGAAGAAUGGCUACUGAAUGAAAUCCGUCGUCUGGAAAGACUCGACCACCUUGCUGAGAAAUUCCGCCAGAAAGCAGCUAUUCACGAGGCCUGGACAGAAGGCAAGGAGGGCAUGCUGACGAAGAAGGACUAUGAGGUAGCGUCGCUGUCGGACAUCAAAGCCCUGCUGAAGAAGCACGAGGCCUUCGAGAGUGACCUGGCCGCCCACCAGGACCGCGUGGAGCAGAUCGCCGCUAUUGCUCAGGAGCUCAAUGAGUUGGAAUAUUAUGACUCCCCGAGUGUGAAUGCACGCUGUCAGAAGAUCUGUGAUCAGUGGGACAGUCUCGGAGCUAUGACCCAGAAACGCAGUGAGGCCUUACAGAAGACUGAGAAGCUGCUGGAAACCAUUGACCAGCUGUAUCUGGAGUUCGCCAAAAGGGCGGCACCCUUCAACAACUGGAUGGAGGGAGCCAUGGAAGACCUGCAGGACACCUUCAUCGUCCACACCAUAGAGGAGAUCCAGGGCCUUAGCACCGCCCAUGAGCAGUUCAAAGCCACGCUCCCCGAAGCCGAUAAAGAACGGCAGGCCAUUCUGGGCAUCCAUAAUGAAAUUGCCAAAAUCGUGCAGACGUACCAUGUCAACAUGGCAGGCACCAACCCCUACACCACUAUCAACCCGCAGGAGAUCAACGCCAAGUGGGACAAGGUUCGGCAGCUGGUGCCUCAGCGAGACCAGGCUUUGAUUGAGGAGCAUGCCCGCCAACAAAACAACGAACGCCUGCGCAGACAGUUCGCCAGCCAGGCCAACAUAAUCGGGCCCUGGAUCCAGACAAAGAUGGAAGAGAUUGGCCGUAUCUCCAUAGAGAUGCAUGGUACUCUGGAGGACCAGCUGACGCACCUGCGUCAGUAUGAGAAGAGCAUUGUGAACUACAAACCAAAGAUUGACCAGCUGGAGGGAGACCACCAGCAAAUCCAGGAAGCCCUUAUUUUUGACAACAAACACACCAACUACACCAUGGAGCAUAUCCGUGUGGGCUGGGAGCAGUUGCUCACCACCAUUGCCCGCACAAUCAACGAGAUCGAGAACCAGAUCCUGACGCGCGACGCCAAAGGCAUCAGCCAGGAGCAGCUGAGUGAGUUCAGGGCUUCCUUCAACCACUUCGACCGGGACCACUCAGGCACUCUGGGCGCUGAGGAAUUCAAAGCGUGCCUCAUCAGUCUGGGUUUCGAUAUCGCCAAUGAUGCUCAGAAGAGAACAGGCAUGAUGGAUGGCGAGGAUUUCCGCACCUGCCUGAUCUCCAUGGGUUAUAAUAUGGGAGAAGCGGAGUUUGCUCGCAUUAUGAGUAUCGUGGACCCAAACAGACUGGGAGUUGUGACAUUCCAGGCCUUCAUCGACUUCAUGUCUCGUGAGACAGCUGAUACAGACACAGCCGACCAGGUCAUGGCCUCCUUCAAAGUGCUUGCUGGGGACAAGAAUUACAUCCUGGCGGAGGAGCUGAGACGUGAACUUCCUCCAGACCAGGCAGAGUACUGCAUCGCCCGCAUGGCCCCCUACACGGGACCCGACGCCGUGCCCGGAGCCCUCGACUACAUGUCCUUCUCCACAGCCCUGUACGGAGAGAGCGACCUCUGAACCCUGACCUCCUCAUCUGGGAGUUGACCUGCCUCCCCCAAUAAAUGAAACGAUACAUACACACACAAAAACACACAAACACACCCUCCUGCUCUGGUCACUGAGCUGAACUGAUCUGGCUGGGCUGACCUGAGUCCAGCUGGUGAUGCCAAUCCAGCAAGUUUGACCGCAGUAAGCAAAACAGCAAAGCUGGUCUCAUAUCAGCAGGCUAGAGCAGCUCCUCCCAGCAUGGCUCAAUGACGGUCAAUGAAUUUUAUAUGCUCCUUUUUACCUGUCUCCCUGCUGCGUGUCAUAUACCGACUUCCUGCUCUGUCUGUUUUUGUUUUUGCAACACAGAAAAACUUCCCCUGGGCUUUUGUACACAAGGAGAGAAAGAGCAAUCAUUUCUGUUUUUACUUCAUAUGUUGUUUUUUUCUCUUCAGAAAAAUAAAGUUAACAUAUUUUAUUAUACAGAACAAAAAAGGUAUUUUUCUUCACCUGGUUAAAAAAAUUUUUAAAAAAUAAGAAAAAAUUAAAUAAAGGAAAAAUGGCAA